AUGGCGGCUCCUUCGGGCGCGGACUCGGAGUCCACAAGUGAGGAUGAGGGCCUCUACGGCACGAUCCAGCGGGGAGCUAUAACCCCGACCCAAGACAGGGUCAAUCUGGAGCAACUUCUCGAGUUAGCUUCCAGUUUACCUAUGACAGACAUCUCUCCUCAAGCUCUACACGCCAUCGCUAUGCUGAAUAAUGCCCGCUUGGAGGAGGCUUUGCGUCUGGGCAAAACACUUGAGGAUAUGGUGUUUAAUGAGGCUGAGCUUGCUUGGCAAUGGGACGGGAUGCAAAAUCCAAUCAUCCAGGCAUACAACCGGGGUGAGCUGCCUGUGAUUAAUCAGAGAGCUCAAGUGGUACCAGGUGGCCGGCCUCUCAGAUCACCAACUCGUUCCCUAAGCCCCGAAGUCAACGGCCAGCCGCCACCAAACGCCGAAGUCAACGACCAACCGCCACCACACACUGAAGUUAAUAACCAGCCGUCCCCAACUCUAGGCAGUGACUCCUCGGGAAAUGGAUCCAACACCGAAGGGUCCUUGGUUCCAGCUGAGGGAGACUCCGAUUUCAGAACCCUCAGACUGCCCCUGCAGCUCGCAAUGCGAAUGAAAGAUGCGAUCGAGAAGAUGGAAGUCAGGGCAACAAACUGGAAUCAUCUACUGGAAAUCCUGGGGAAACAUCCACCGCCGACAAUCGGAGAGGCAGAAGAAUCCUUCCAUAUCGUCAGCGAACUCAUCUCCGACGUGUGGACAAUUGAGGCGUGGUGUCAAUACGAGUUCACGGUCCCUGAAGAGCGUAUCUACUCAAUUAUCCAAGGACUCCCGGCUCUAAUGCUUCGACUCAUGGGACUCCUGCAGCCUGAAGAGUUUACUGAGGACCGCUCUUUCAACGACUAG